GUACCUGUCCCGAUUCGACCCAGUCGUUUCUGAAAUUGGACCGUACCAGUUCAUUUCAAGACACAACCAAACAGAUGGCUCUCCUCUAUCCAUUUCGAGGCCCAAGUGGAUGUGUUCGUUUCCCACCAUUGUACCCUCAUCCAGCCACUCUGCCGCCGGUUAUCUUCCCAGUAACUAGCUACCGAGAUGGGGACGCGGUAUAACGAUUUGCGAUACGAUGCGACGGGAUGCGAUGCCAUCUUGGCUUGGCUUGGCUUCUCAGAGGAGCCACAUCUCGAUGGCCCGACAACCCUGGUCCGCAGGUGGCCGCCGUGGUACUCCAACCUCCAAUCCCCAAUCCUCGUGGUGCAUCUGGUCGGCCAUCCAUUCAUCCAUUUCCUCCAUUCACCGCCAGGGCCAGGCCGGCAAGGGCAUGCCAGGCACGGUGCGCGCUUCGUCCUCGUCUGACGCCGAUGAUCAAUCCGCCAUCAAGGAGAAACUCGGUGGGAUCCACAUGGCGAUCCUGUGUCUGAUCGUCGGCUUUGACUGCAUGCGACUCCAUCCGGCCUUGAUUGCGAUGGUUAAUUCCACAUGGUUAAUGCAGUCGUGCACGUUCCGGCCGAGGACUCCAGAGGACUCCACCGCCAGAGCAUCAUCUUUGGUCCCUUUGCAGUCCAUGUGCCCAAGUGCCCAGGUGCCCGGGAGCCUCCGUCCCGUCAUAUCGCAAUAUUGCCGUGUGUCAUCGUGAUUCGACCCGUGAUGCUUCACCAAGGCCCUACCAAGGCCCUAAAGAUGUGGUGGGGUGUUCCCUCGCGUGCCUGCCUUGAUGAUCCGGACCAUCCGUCCAGUCAUGUGUUGG